UUAAAAAGGCAGCUUUUUUGUUUUGUUUUUGCAACACAUUUUCGCGCUUUUCUACUUGUUUGUAUGUGAGCCAGCAUUUAUGCCUUCCUUCUUCUCUAGAUUUUUAUUACUAUUACACUGUCUUGUUUCUAUCUCUGUUGACGUGCUUUUUCUUGUUUAAAGCUGAGAACUUCCCAAGUCAGACAAAACAUAGCGAUAUCAAUGCUUCGAGUAAAGUUAGUAAUAAGCCCUCAUAUACUAAUUAAUAAACGCUCUGUUUCAGUUUCACUUGUGUCUUCUUCCUCCUUAUCUCUCUCGCUCUUUUUUUUUUCCAUGGCGGUGAAAUAUAUGAGUGCUUAGCCUAGUUUGGUGUGAUUUUGAAGAUUGGUAAAAAGGGUUUAGAUCCAAAUAAAGGAAGAGUCUUUAUUUCCUUUUGUCUGUCUGUUUCUUGAGAAACAUUUUGGCAGUGAUUUGACUAUUGAGUGAUUAGAUUGAGAGGAUAAGCAUAUCUUUUGGAUCCUUGAGAGAUCUUCAGUAUAAAGUUUUGAUUUUUUUAUUCGAAAGGGUACAAGGGUUUUAGAUUGGGUUUUUGCCCCAGAAGCUAGCUGGUGGUCUUGUAUUUUGUGUUUUGAUGUUUAUGUGAUUCAGUUGGUGAGAGGUCUUGUCUUGUCUUGUCUUAUGAGUUUUGUAUCCAUCUGCAAAAUCAAGCAGUGUGUGUUUGGCUGAUUUUGUCUCGCUUUUCCAACUUGCCAUAAAUAAUGCAAUCAUAUCUACUGGAUCUAUCUCUCCUGGAAACUACAUUAUCUCUGACGAUCAUUUAGAUAUCAAAAUCUUAUUGAGAUUUGUUCUUGCAUUAAGUCUCUAGAAUGAUGCAAGGUAAACAGGAGAAAAGAUUAGGUUCUAAUGGGACUGAGAAUGUUCUUGUUGCUGUUAAAGCAUCUAGAGAGAUCUCAAAGACAGCUUUGGUUUGGGCUUUGACUCAUAUUGUUAAACCUGGAGAUUGCAUUACUCUCAUUGUUGUUGUCACUUCUCACAAUGCUGGCAGAAAGCUAUGGACUUUCCCGAGGUUUGCUGGAGAUUGUGCUACUGGUCAUCGGAAAUUGCAUUCUGAUGCAAUUCCUGAGAUAAAGAGUGAUCUCACUGAUACUUGUUCCCAAAUGAUUCUCCAGCUUCAUGAUGUCUAUGAUCCAAACAAGGUUAAUGUCAGGAUCAAGAUUGUUUCUGGAUCACCAUGUGGAGCUGUUGCGGCUGAGGCCAAGAAAUCACAAGCAAAUUGGGUAGUUCUGGAUAAGCACCUUAAGCAUGAAGAGAAACGGUGUUUAGAUGAGCUACAAUGCAACAUUGUGGCAAUGAAGCGUUCUGAGGCAAAAGUUCUGCGCUUGAACUUGGUUGGGUCACCAACAAAGGAACCAGAAUUAGCAUCUGAAAAGAAGAAAAACAGGUUGUUAGAUUCUGUUAAAGGGGUAGUUACAACAACACCAAUGAGCAGUCCUGAGGUUGAGACAUCAUUCACAGGAACAGAAGCUGGGACUUCAUCAGUUUCUAGCUCUGACCUCGGAACAUCAUCGCCUUUUUUCUCAGUGGAAGUGAAAAAGGAUGAAACUUUAGCCAUCAAAGAGAAUGAAUCCGAUUCUGAUUCAGAGAGUGAAAAUGUAUCACUACCUUCCACUAGUUUGAGAUUCCAGCCAUGGAUAUCUGAAUAUCUUGGCACUCGUCGCCUCUCAUUGCAGGAAUCUGAGGAGAGUCUGUGGAAAACUGAUGAUAAGACUGCUCAAGUAUCUACUAAAAAGGCUUUACUUGAGAAAAUCUCUAAGCUUGAUGAUGGAGAAGAAGAAGAAGCUAUGUCAAGUAAAAGAAGUGACUUGGAGGAGUUCAGUGGAAACUUAAGAGAAACGAUUUCGCUACCACGAAAUGCUCCUCCUGUGCCGCCACCACUCUGUUCUAUCUGUCAGCACAAAACGCCUGUAUUUGGAAAACCGCCGAGGUUUUUCUCAUACAAAGAGCUAGACCUUGCAACAAAUGGGUUUUCACGAGCUAAUUUCUUGGCAGAAGGUGGAUUUGGAUCAGUUCAUAGAGGUGUAUUACCUGAAGGCCAGAUUGUAGCAGUGAAGCAACACAAACUAGCUAGUACACAAGGAGAUGUAGAGUUUUGCUCAGAAGUAGAAGUUUUGAGCUGUGCUCAGCAUCGAAACGUAGUAAUGUUGAUAGGUUUUUGCAUCGAAGAAGGCAGAAGACUCUUGGUCUAUGAAUACAUAUGCAAUGGAUCAUUAGACUCUCAUCUAUACGGUCGACAUAAAGACGCUUUGGGAUGGCCUGCAAGGCAGAAAAUAGCGGUUGGAGCAGCUCGAGGUCUUCGAUAUCUACAUGAAGAGUGUAGAGUGGGUUGCAUUGUUCACAGAGACAUGAGGCCUAACAAUAUACUAAUCACUCAUGACUAUGAACCACUGGUUGGAGAUUUUGGUUUAGCGCGGUGGCAGCCUGAUGGUGAGCUCGGUGUAGAUACGCGUGUGAUAGGAACUUUCGGCUAUUUGGCUCCAGAGUAUACUCAAAGUGGACAAAUAACAGAGAAAGCUGAUGUUUACUCGUUUGGGGUUGUAUUAAUUGAGCUAAUCACGGGUCGUAAAGCAAUGGAUAUUUACAGACCAAAGGGACAACAAUGUUUAACUGAAUGGGCAAGGUCUUUAUUAGAAGAGUAUGCGGUUGAGGAACUGGUUGAUCCUAGGCUUGAGAAGAGAUAUUCAGAAACAGAAGUCAUCUGCAUGAUUCAUACAGCUUCAUUGUGUAUACGUAGAGACCCACAUUUGCGUCCUCGUAUGUCUCAGGUGUUGCGUCUAUUGGAAGGAGAUAUGGUAAUGAAUGAAAUCACAGGGAGGUUUAGUGGAAGAUUAUCAAUUGAGAGAGGUCAGAGAGAUCAUAUGUAAGCAAAUGCAGAGUUUAACAACAAGCUUAAGGGAAAAAGAGACUUAAUAAUCUUGUCUGUAAUUUUGUUUUUACUUCCUUAAUGAAGUUGAUCACUUUGUUUUGUAUAGUGCGUAGGAUCGAUAAGUACAAUGAUUAUGAAUCAAUCAAAGUCCUCUUAAUUGGCAAUUAUGGAGUGAUUAGUGUUAACAAACUGAACAAAGUAGAAGAGAACAUUCUCAAGCUUUUCUCAAUGACACCAAAAGAAACAUACAAAAUUAAAAAAA